AUGAAAGGAAAAAACCGACAGAAGAAAACCGAUUUCGACAUCACGUUGGCAUCAAGAAACCCUAAUGCUCACACGAUCAUAUCAUUUGAUGAUCAUGGCAAAGCUGCUUUGUCUUUUAAAGAUAGAAGAUUCGCCAUUGGAAGGUUUCCGUCGUCUGUACAAAGCCCUAAAAACUCGAAGGACGUGAAGUUAACCCUUACGAGUUCAUCCAACAGUAAGUUACCGAUGGGAAUUCGAAAAAGCAUGAAUAGGACGACUGGAAAAUCCCAAGGACAUGUCGAAAUAUUACUAGAGUUUAGGGUUCCGGUGAAAAUGAAGGUGGGGACGUUGCAGAUGAAGAGCAAGACGAUAUCAAUGUUGUGUCAUUUCAAGGUCGAUAAUUUGGCCAAGAAUCCACGUAUUUUAUCUCAAGAUUGCGAUUACUCCACGAGAUACUAA